CCCUGUAAAUGCCCAUGACCCAGCCUCCCCAGAAACAGAGAGAGAGAGAGAGAGAGAGAGAGAGAGAGAGAGAGAGAGAGAGAGACCCAAGCCUCCUGCCCUGAGACAGCGGGGCCAGCUCCGAAAAGCUCGGCAGCAUGUGGGAACUCCGGUCCAUAGCCUUCUCCAGGGCCGUGUUUGCAGAGUUCCUGGCCACACUCCUCUUCGUCUUCUUUGGCCUGGGCUCGGCCCUCAACUGGCCGCAGGCCCUGCCCUCUGUGCUGCAGAUCGCCAUGGCCUUCGGCUUGGCUAUUGGCACCCUGGUGCAGGCGCUGGGCCACGUGAGCGGGGCCCACAUCAACCCUGCGGUGACGGUGGCCUGCCUGGUGGGCUGCCACGUCUCCUUUCUCCGGGCGGCCUUCUACGUGGCUGCCCAGCUGCUGGGGGCCGUGGCAGGAGCCGCUCUGCUGCACGAGAUCACACCAGAAGCCAUCCGAGGGGACCUGGCCAUCAAUGCCCUCAGCAACAACACGACAGGUGGCCAGGCGGUCACGGUGGAGCUCUUCCUGACCCUGCAGCUGGUGCUCUGCAUCUUCGCCUCUACGGAUGAGCGUCGCGGAGACAACCUGGGCACCCCUGCCCUGUCCAUCGGCUUCUCCGUGGCCCUGGGCCACCUCCUUGGGAUCCACUACACCGGCUGCUCCAUGAAUCCUGCCCGAUCCCUGGCUCCCGCUGUUGUCACCGGCAAAUUUGAUGACCACUGGGUCUUCUGGAUCGGACCCCUGGUCGGCGCCAUCCUGGGCUCCCUCCUCUACAACUACGUCCUGUUCCCGUCCUCCAAGAGCCUGUCGGAGCGCCUGGCCGUGCUGAAGGGGCUGGAGCCCGACACCGACUGGGAGGAGCGCGAGGUGCGGCGGCGGCAGUCGGUGGAGCUGCACUCGCCGCAGAGCCUCCCGCGCGGCAGCAAGGCCUAGGCGCCCCGCCCGCCGACGCCCGGCCCCUGGCAGCCCACCCGCCCCGCCCCGGGUCCAACGUUGGCCCCCGGGGCAGAGUAGCUGCCUCCAGGGCCUGCGCGACUCCCAGGGGUGCGGGGGGGCGGUGAGCCUGGCCGACCCCGUCUGGAGGCUGCAGGCUGGAGAGCAGUGGACUCUCUGGCCCCUUGCAGGGAGCUGGGGACGAGCUGGGAAAGGAGGGCGGGUGAGCGGGCAGAGGAAGAUUCUGGAGAGCCUGUCUCCGGUAGUGGGUGGGGUUGGGGGGGUUCAGGCCCCAUCUUGGGGGGUCUGGGAAUGGGGUUUUGCUAGUGUGCAAGUGUGUUCAUCCCCGAAUGCCUCCCUGUCCCCAAGUAUAGGGUUGUGCAUGCUCUGAGUGUGAGCAAGCGUGUGGCGGGGGUGCCCGUGUGCACUGGCUGGCGGCCUCUCUCACUUUCCCCUUGGCCCCUUCCUCCCUUCCUGCAGUAACUCCACUUCCUCUGCCUGGGGCCAGGGACCCUCCCCAGGCGCUCUAAGAGUGUGCUCCCUGGAGAAGGGAAGGGCCUGGAGGCCACUGUGAGAGGCAAGGACCUGAAUUCCCUACCUGCCCCUCCUGGAAACUUUCCCUGAGCUCAACACUGGGCCUAAGACUUGUCAGGACCCAUUGCUAGAGGCGGAGAGGUAUCGACCAGAGAAUGGCUCCCCCAGAAGUGACCCCUGGAAAAAAGGAAAACUGGGUGGCCAAGGACCCCCUUCUGCCCUGAGGGAGGAUCUUUCCAAGGGAGGAAGCAGGUGUGUGUGUGUGUGUGUGUGUGUGUGUGUGUGUGUGUGUGUGUGCGCGCGCGCGCGCGCGCGCGUGCACCAACAUGUAUGCAUGUGCCCCCACCUCCAGGGGGCUCUAGACCUAGAGAUUAGCCUCCCACUGUGACAGAGAAAACAAACGUUCUUUGUGGGCCCCUGGCUUUUGUCUUGGGAGAGGGAGAAAUUUGCAACUAGACACUUCUUGAAAGGAGACACUCCAUUUCGCAAGUGAGCCCUCUCACCCAGCACACCCUGCGGCUGGCUGAGCAAGGAAGGCACUUAGGCAUGAAACCACAGGCACUGGGCAACACCCCUCCACCACCCAUCCCACCCAGGCCCCCGCCCCAAGCAGCAGCUCUUCCCCUCUCCGUCCCUCCUCCUCAUCCCCAGUGCUCCCUCCCUCCAGCCCCACCAUAGGACAGGUAUUGUGGGGAGAGGAGGGAAGGGACAUGAUUGUCCAGGCAGAGGCAGGUUUGUGUCUAGAGCCCGGGCUGCUAAACUUCCAGGCCCGUGCAUUGGCUCUCAAAGGAGAUGAACUGGGAUUAAGUGAGAUGCUGCAUGUAAAGAUGCUGUGUGAACUGUGAUUCCUCAUACCAUUAUCACUCAUUAUUGAAAUCAUUUCACCAUUUCUGCUUCCUGGGGCUAGAAUGAAGAAGGGGCCUGACCCCCCCUCUUCUUUUUACCUCUUUUAGUUGGUAGUCAGAGCAGAGGAGAGCCCCGAGAACCCCAAGGUGCAGGCAGAAGGAGAUAGGCUUGGGUCUGGCCCCUUCCUGGUCCAGCCUCUGAAACUCUCCUGACCUGAGUGCACGCUGGUUGUUGUCUCCUUUCUUUCUUCCCACCACCCAGACCAUCCAUUCUCUCCUUCCUCUCCAACCUGCUGCAUAGCUACCUUAAGAAUCACAUCUUGAGCCCCUUCUGCGUGCUCUCUGAUGCCUUCAUGCUUUCGAGGCGUUUAUAUGUAUCUGGACCACACUGCGCCAAGCACCCACUGCGCGCCAGUCUCCAGCCCCUUCCUGCCCUCCUCUCCCUUCAGAGGUGGACUGAGUUCCAGGAACAUUUCUGUAACUGUGCCUGCCUCUGUAUCUGUCUUCUUUGUCUUCCUUGACCAAAGCUCCCUUUGGGGUCAGAAAAAGGCUGCCCUGGGUCAUUGGAGAUGAUUCUCCCAAACCCCCAGGGACCAGCCACUUGACCUCAUUACAGGGGGAAGAGUCGAGUCAGAGACCACAGUGACCUCCAAGGCAGUAUGCCUGGUAGCUGACUGUCCUCUGAAAGUUCAAAGACAGCAGGGCACUGAGCUGUGGGCCAAGCCUGGAUGUGUCUCAGGCACUUCAUCCCCACCCCACCUCACCUCACCCUGUCCCUUUAGAAGUUACCAAGAAUUUCUCUUGAUAUCUGUUUCACUUCCUGGGUUUCAUCUCCCUCAGAACUAAAUGUGAGAUCCCCACCACAUCUAGCCCUGAUUGCCCGGAUUGGGGUUCCUGAGGUCAGAGUUCAAAGCAGAAUUCAAAGUGAUGGGGGUGGAGGGGAACUGGCAUCUGUUGGGCAUCUCUUGUGUCCCAGCCUCUGUGCUGGGUGCUUUACAUGCAUUAUCUCACUUAAUCCUCCUAAAACUGCAGGCAGGUUAGGAAAGGACAGUGGCCCCCAACCACACGGGGUUUUAUUUCCAAAGUACUCCCUUAUCCCAACCCUGCGAGACAGGCAGGGCAAACACUGUCAUGCGCCGUAAUAUGACAUUUAGGUCAACAACUCAUCACAUAUGCGACAGUGGUCUCAUAAGAUUAUAGUGGAGCUGAAAAUUGCUAUCAUCUAGUGACAGUCAUAGCCAUCGAAGCGUUGUAACAUCAUAGCACAACAAUCACAUGUUUGUGACGAUGCUGGUGUAAACUAACGUACUGCGCCGUCAGCAGCAUAAAUGUAUAGCACACACAGUUACUGGGUUUAUACCAUCCGGGUCUGUGUAC